AUGGCAGCCGCCGGCGAUGCCGGCCUCGACGUGGCGGCGGUGGAAAGUUUCCUAGAGAGGCACCCGGAGCUGGUGGAGAAGUGGCUGCAGAGGAAGAACUCGCUCCCUAAAGCGCCUGCCGUCCCCGCCGCCCCGGCCGGCGGCCCGUCGGAGGAGCGGCGGAGCAGCGACGGCCCCGGCGGCAGCUGGGGGAGCGCGGGCGGCCCCGGCGGUCCCGGCCCCGGCCCCGGGGGGCUGCAGCGCCGAGCGUCCCAGAAGGAGCUGCGGAAGAGCUUCGCCCGCUCCAAAGCCAUCCACGUCAACCUCACCUACGACGAGCAUGUGCACGCCCGGGCGCAGGAGCCGCUGAGCAGCGUGCGGCGGCGGGCGCUGCUGCGGAAGGCCAGCUCCUUGCCCCCCACCACCGCGCACAUCCUCAGCGCCCUGCUGGAGUCCCGCGUCAGCCUGCCCCAGUACCCCCCCACCGCCCUGGACUACAAGCGCUACCUCAAGGAGCACAACGAGCGACAGUUCUUCCUGGAACUGGUCAAGGACAUCUCCAAUGACCUGGACCUCACCAGCCUCAGCUACAAGAUCCUCAUCUUCGUCUGCCUCAUGGUGGACGCCGACCGGGGAUCCCUCUUCCUCGUGGAGGGGACCUCCGCCGGCAAGAAGACCCUGGUGUCCAAGUUCUUCGACGUGCACGCCGGCACCCCGCUGCUGCCCUGCGGCUCCACCGAGGACAGCAACGAGGUGCAGGUGCCCUGGGGCAAGGGCAUCAUCGGCUACGUGGCGGAGCACGGCGAGACGGUCAACAUUCCCGACGCCUACCAGGAUCGACGCUUUAAUGAUGAGAUUGACAAACUGACUGGAUACAAGACAAAGUCACUCUUGUGCAUGCCCAUAAGAAACAGUGAUGGAGAGAUUAUUGGUGUUGCCCAAGCAAUAAAUAAGACUCCAGGAGGUGCCCCUUUUUCUGAUGAUGAUGAAAAGGUGAUGCAGAUGUACCUCCCCUUCUGUGGGAUUGCCAUAUCCAAUGCCCAGCUGUUUGCAGCUUCAAGGAAGGAAUAUGACAGAAGCAGGGCUUUACUGGAAGUAGUGAAUGACCUCUUUGAGGAACAGACUGACUUAGAGAAAAUUGUCAAGAAAAUUAUGCAUCGGGCCCAGACCCUCCUGAAGUGUGAGCGGUGCUCAGUGUUACUUCUGGAAGACAUUGAAUCACCAGUGGUGAAAUUUACAAAAUCUUUCGAAUUGUUAUCUCCAAAAUGCAGUGCUGAUACUGACAACAGUUUCAAAGACAGUGUGGAAAAAUCAUCCUAUUCAGACUGGCUAAUAAACAACAGCAUUGCUGAACUCGUCGCUUCCACAGGUCUCCCAGUGAACAUCAGUGAUGCCUAUCAGGACCCCCGCUUUGAUGCUGAGGCUGACCAAAUUUCUGGCUUUCACAUAAGAUCUGUUCUUUGUGUUCCAAUAUGGAACAGCACCCACCAAAUAAUUGGGGUAGCUCAAGUGUUGAACAGGCUUGAUGGGAAAUCCUUUGACGACGCUGACCAGCGACUGUUUGAAGCUUUUGUUAUUUUUUGUGGCCUGGGUAUCAACAACACAAUUAUGUAUGACCAAGUGAAGAAAUCCUGGGCAAAACAGUCUGUGGCUCUUGACGUGUUGUCUUAUCACGCAACAUGUUCGAAGGCAGAAGUUGAUAAAUUCAAGGCAGCAAACAUCCCUCUGGUGUCAGAGCUUGGCAUUGAUGACAUCCAUUUUGAUGACUUCUCGCUCGAUGUGGAUGCCAUGAUUACUGCAGCCCUGCGGAUGUUCAUGGAACUUGGAAUGGUUCAGAAAUUUAAAAUUGACUACGAGACGCUGUGUAGGUGGCUUCUGACGGUGCGGAAGAACUAUCGAAUGGUCCUGUAUCACAACUGGAGGCACGCUUUCAACGUCUGCCAGCUGAUGUUUGCCAUGCUCACUACUGCAGGAUUUCAGGAGAUUCUAACUGAAAUUGAAAUUUUAGCUUUGAUUGUGGGAUGCUUGUGUCACGACCUUGACCACAGGGGAACCAACAAUGCCUUCCAAGCCAAGAGUGGAUCAGCCUUAGCUCAGCUCUACGGCACCUCUGCUACCUUGGAGCACCACCAUUUCAAUCAUGCUGUCAUGAUUCUCCAAAGUGAGGGUCACAACAUCUUUGCUAACUUGUCCUCUAAGGACUACAGUGACCUUAUGCAGCUUCUAAAGCAAUCGAUAUUGGCAACAGACCUCACUCUGUAUUUUGAGAGAAGGACCGAGUUUUUUGAGCUUGUCAGUAAAGGUGGUUAUGACUGGAAUAUAAAAAACCACCGAGAAGUAUUUCGAUCAAUGCUAAUGACAGCCUGUGACCUUGGAGCUGUGACCAAACCGUGGGAGAUUUCAAGACAGGCUGCUGAGCUGGUAACCAGUGAGUUCUUUGAACAAGGAGACAGAGAAAGAUCUGAACUCAAACUCACCCCUUCAGCCAUUUUUGAUCGGAACAGGAAGCAUGAACUACCCAGGUUGCAGCUUGAGUGGAUUGAUAGCAUCUGCAUGCCAUUGUAUGAGUGUCUAGUGAAGCUGAAUGUGAAACUGAAGCCUAUGCUGGACUCCGUGGCAGUAAAUAGAGGUAAAUGGGAGGAGCUGCACCAGAAAAGACUUCCUUCUCAGGCAGCAUCCUUGUCCUCCUUUUCCUCUAGCUUCACCACGUCCCUCAAAGACAUAAACUAAGCCUGCAAAUAUCAGUGUCACUUUACAAUAAGAGCUGUCUGAAAGGUUUUCAUGUGCUUAGACCCACCAUUUUUUAAGAAAUGCUUUCCCAGACAUGCCUAAUUGAUGGGAUAUUAUCUUGAUGGCAGCACAGUUUGCUUUUCCUGGAAGGCUUAGUGGGACUGAACGGAAGCCUGCAGUGGGAUUGCGCUGGGGUCUGGAGCGACACGCAACACCAAACAGAAGAAGCGUUCACUCAGCUCCACUACAUUUCAACUGCUGCUGUAAAAAUCUGUAAAGCUGACAACAGACUGAAAUAUAAGAACUCACAGCUUAAUAAAAUUAAUAAUACAGAGCCAGGACUGGGAUGCAAGCUGGCCAAUUCAUAUGCAAGGAGCUGCAGAAAACAGAAUAGUGUGUAAUUACAUUGUUGUUUUGCAUCUCUUCAGUACAUGUUAUGAAUCAAUUAUGCCUGCUUUUGUGAUGCUCUUCUCUUACUCUCCCUCCUCUUUUAUGCCUGAAUGUUCUGAAAAGCCUGCUUUGUAUUCUGAAGAAGUAUUUUUUUACAACAAAGCUUCUUAGUGAUUGAUCAGGGCCUUUAGAAUUGCCUACCUUUGCUACACUUAAAAACAAACUUUAUUAUCUUUAAAAACACCAAGCUGUCCCUUCUUCCCUGAGAAAUUCAUAUUAACACUGCAGCAAAUUUUUCAGCAAGAGAAGUUUGCAUAAACGCAAAAUAUUGCAUGGUAAUUUUAGAGUGGGUUGUUUUUUUUUCUUUUCAAAAAUGCUCUUAUAACACAUUCCUUUUUUUUUUUAAUUAUAG